CAUUUUGCUAUUCAACGUGGAAGAUGUUGCACUGAGUUCUGGUUUCUCCCAUGCGCCAAGUUUGAGCGCACAAAGCGACUCCUAAUUUCCAACAUGGACGAUUUACUCACACCUGUGAGCCAAGUGUAUACUUCAAGCAAAGAUAAGAAGCCACUUUUACAAGAAGUCACUUCAAGCCCUCAGCCCGUCAGCAAAAAUUCCAGUGGCAUAGGGGCUAGCUUGUCUAGCUACGAGGAUGCCUUGGAAGCUCUCAAGGCAGAGCCUGACUAUGACACCCUUUCUUGCAUCCUCAAUUUUCUCCUCGAUGGACACACAACAAAAACACAAGGCGCAACCUACAGCAUUCAUCAGCCAAACCCCCUGAACUCACAGAUCAUACAGACGCUAGUCACCAAGAUCGUGCCAAAUUACUGGGAAUCAUUAAAAGAAGAGGCUGCUGAGGAAAAUCAAGAUAUUUCUCGGCCACAAAGCCAACAGCCUCCUUUGCUGCGGAGACUGUUGGGUUGUCUUCUCAACUUGACUGGACUCAACGUCAUCUUGACUCACUUGAGAGGACUUCUCGGUGAGCUAGGAACAAGCACGGACGAGACUCAGAGGUCAAUAAUGAGCUUGAAUAUAGCCACUCUGCUCGAUCUGCUUUGUUCGCUUCUGCAUGGACAUGGCACCUUGCACAGAAUUUGGACCAACAGCUCUCAAAGCCUGGGCAGUGAAUCCAUGCUUCGACCAUUGACUCAGGAGUUUGUCAAUGUGACUGGCGGCGGCAAGAUUGUCUCAUUGGCAGCGGAAGCAGAAAGGUCUGCCCGAAAAGCCUUAGGUCAAGCUAAUGCAUGGGUUGCUAGCAGCAAAGACUACAGUACAUGGCUGGUGCGGAACAUCAUUAGCUGGGCUCGGGAAGAUUCUUUGGAAUCGACUGGAAAUCCGGUCUCUCAACUACUCACCAAAGCUCUCCAGCUAGGUCACACCGACCUCUUGGCGAAUUAUCUUGUAGAAGGACUGCUUUUAAGUACAGUCAAAAAGGAUGACGAGUUAUUUGAGAAAGUAUUCUGCAGCCUGCCUCAGUAUGAUCAAAAGCGCCUCCUGAUGGCCAUCCUGAAAUAUGCUACAAAUCUUUUCAGCAGCUCUGAGAGCUCAAAGGAUGAAGCAUCUCUUGUAUCUGCAGUUGCGGGACUUGUUCAAACCAUUGUUAAAGUGGACGAAAAGAGAAGGGGUAUAAUAGUGGAAUGGCUGACCUCCGUUUCUGGUGGUGCUGCCGGUGAACAUGUCGGUAUUCGGCGUGCUGCCGUUGCCGUUUUAGCAGAACACCGGGAAAAUAUUACCGCAGUGCUGGAGAAAAGCAUGGCCUUGUUUGGCGAUAAUCUGUACAUCAAGCAUGCACCACUACUGCAGCAAGAAGCGCAUGCUCAGAUACUGCUGCUCAGCGCUGGCUAUGUUCACCGUUUGAACCCUGUCAAGCUUGCUAUACUCGUUAAAUCUGGCAUCUACCUCAACGCUGUCUCAAGCAGGCUGAGUGCUCCCCAGACAAGGGCUCGCGUCCUGGGAAUGAUUGUGGGCGAAGCACUUUCGAACCUAACUCAGGGUAGUGGGAAGGCUCUCAGUUUCGACAUGGAUAUAUUGAAGACUGACGAGGCAAAAUGGUAUAAAACCUUGGUCGAAGUGAUUGACACGGUUGGCUCUUUGGAGCCGUUGCGCCAACGUGUUAAAGCUGAACUUCCAGAAUCCAAGGUCGGGACUCAGACACAGAGGCCAGCCAAACCUGUGAAGACCGUGAAGAAAACCACACCAAAGCCCGCUCCUCGGACUACCGGCUUCGUGAUUGAGGAGGUCAGCGAGAGUGAAGAAGGGGAUGAUGAUGAUCUUGUUCCAUACGCCAAGCCUGACUCUGAUCGGGAAGACUCCGAGGAUGAUGCAGAGCUAGUGACUAGAGACAAGCCACGAGCUCCUGUGUAUAUCAGGGACUUGAUCACAUAUCUCAGAGACUCGGAGAAUUAUGACAAACAGGAGCUAGCUCUGACCACAGCGCCUGUGCUAAUUCGACGCAAAGCCAACUACGGAACCGAAGUCAAAGAUCAUGCGGAGGAGCUGGCAGCGCUUCUUGUGGGAAUACAGGACAAAUACAGUGUGGACAACUUUGAGUCUUUAAGGACCCAAGGAAUGGUCUCCAUAAUCAUAGCCCAGCCGCAGAAGAUGGGACCCUGGUUUGCAAAAACAUUUUUCGAUGGCGACUACAGUCUCUCGCAGCGCGCUUCUGUCCUGACCGUGCUGGGACUUGCGGCAAGGGAGAUAGCAGGCUUUGAGCGGUCUGAAUAUUCAGAGUCUGCAGCUUUUCCAUCCAAAAAGCUACCGCAAAAGGUAGAGCAGUUCUACCUGGCGCAAACCGGACAAAAUCGGAUUGCCGAGGGUUCAAAUCUGAAGGCGCUGCCUCCAAAUGCCAUAGACGGCAUUGCACAAUCAAUAACAGCAGGCUUCCUGGCACCAAUGGUGGCAAACGCGGCAGACGAACAGACAGGACCCGAUUUGCUUAAGCUAUCAUCGUUCGCCUCCCGGUUACAGCAGAGGCAAGGCACUGGCCACUCACCUUUGCAGAAGAGCCAGAAGAAGGCAGGCGUUCGUGCGAUACCAAACACCACAGCCCAGUUGAUAUCCACAUCAUUUUUCUUCCCCCUAACUGCACGCUUCCAGGCUGCGCUGAGCUCGUCGACGUCACGGGCUAGGACCAUUGUCUUACAACCCGAGCUACUCACCCACCUCCUCCGCACAUUGGGCAUUCUGGUGCACGCAGCCGGCCCCUCGACGCUGUCCCUUCCAGACAUGACGGCCGAGCUCUGGGGCCUGCUGCUAGGCAGCGCAGUCCGGGCACGAUGUGCGGGAGACCUGAGUGUGACGCGCGCGGCACUGUUUGCGCUGCUGGCGUUGCUCGAGGUCAACGGGAACGAGGAGCUGCGGAUGCGCGACAUCUGCCGGGAACUAGCGCGCGAGGUGGUUGAGACGCAGGAAUGGGUAGCGCAUGUCUUCGAGAACACACGCGGCGGCGAUGGGGAAGGUGGCGAGGAGAACGAGGUCAAGAUGUUGGCUGCUGGGGUGCUCAUUCGGCUCAGGGAUGCCAUGGAGAGGUUCCGGGCCUUUUUGAUUGGAGACAUGAUUGGGUGAGGCUUGACUUUUUGUCCUAGCGGCUGCACUCAGCAAGAACUUUUUUUCUCUGGGUCCCCAAUUUGACCAUGAAUAUAUCUCAAGCUACUCCCCUGGCUCAGGGGUUCACCAACCCUUCUGUUCCUCUUACCUACCCUGCACUUGAUGGCCGGAAAACAUGGGUAGGAGUGGGGCCCAUGACGGAAGAGCGAC